CGUAAUAAUAAUGAAAAAAGGAAAGGAGAAAACAACGGGGUUUACGAGGGGUUUUUCAUCGUAGUUCCUUCAUCUCUUCCGCCACACCCAGCGGCACCACAAACCUUUACUUCCAUCCACACACAAAGCUAAGGGACUACACAGUGUAACUAGAGGAUUAAACCCGUAUAGUUACUUGGUGGAUGUUGUCCUCGCAUCUCUUUUGGUGGCUGUUGAUCUAUUUAGGAUCUAUUGUCAAGUAAAGUUAGAUUAUAAGUUGCACCAAGUUCUAUUUUAGGAAUUUCACUUUUAUAUAGAGUUGAAAAAUUUGAAACAUCUGAAGAGAAUGAUGAAAAUGAGCUUCUCAGAGGAACGUGAUUGCUUGGACCACAAAGAGGUUUGCUAAAUCCUGGGUCAGCAUGGCUACCCAGGCAAUAGCUGAAACUGCACAAAAAAUUGUCAACCCUGAAGCCCUUCGCUAUGCAGCCAAACAAUCACAGCGCUGCCUUGUUAUUCCUGUCCGUCUCCGUCGUGCCAUUAAAAAAUACCUUCAAGAGCAGGAUGAGCCAUAUAUGAAGAGGAAAGUCUUGAGACUGUCUCAAUCAUUUAAUCAAAUCAAGGAUGUCAAUCUACAGUUGGCAAGCACCACAGCAAAGAAGAUAGUUGAAGACCCUUUAAAGUCUCUCGAACAAUCAAAACGUUGGAAAAUUACGAGCUCUUAUGGGGACAUUGGUCUCAUGUAUAGAGAUGAUGAGACAAUUGCUUAUGUGGCUUCUAGAAUGCCUGCUGUCUACUCUGCUUGUUACAGAGUACUUAAAGAGGUUCGCAGAAGGCUUCCUGGUUUCUCCCCAUCUAAGGUAUUAGAUUUUGGUGCCGGGACUGGUUCAGCUUUCUGGGCACUACAAGAAGUUUGGCCAAAAUCUUUGGAGAAAGUUAAUUUAAUAGAACCAUCGCAAUCAAUGCAGCGUGCAGGUCGGAGCCUUAUACAAGGUCUCAAGAAUUUGCCACUUAUUCAUAGCUAUGAUAGCAUUCAAUCACUUUCUAAAAGUCUUGGUAAAUCAGACAGAGGGCAUGACCUUGUAAUUGCUUCUUAUGUUCUUGGAGAGAUUCCAUCAAUAAAGGAUCGAAUAACCAUAGUUCGCCAACUUUGGGAUCUAACAAGUGAUCUUCUGGUCUUGGUUGAACCAGGAACACCUCAUGGAUCUAAUAUUAUUGCUCAGAUGAGAUCUCACAUAUUAUGGAUGGAAGAAAGAAAAUAUCGUAAAGCAUCUCAUAAGAAUAAUGAAAUUUCUAAAGAUUUGAUCACUCAGAAGUCUGGUGCGUUCGUGGUUGCACCUUGUCCUCAUGAUGGAAUUUGUCCGCUGGUAAAAUCUGGAAAAUAUUGUCAUUUUGUUCAACGCUUAGAGAGGACAUCAUCGCAACGUGCCUACAAGCGUUCAAAGGGUGAUCCUUUACGUGGUUUUGAAGAUGAGAAAUUUUCCUAUGUUGUUUUUAGACGUGGACCAAGGCCAAGGGAACCUUGGCCCCUUGACGGUGUGGAAUUUGAGACUCUGAAGGAGCAGCAUGCAAAAAGAAAACCAGAGGAUCUUGAAAUUGACUAUGAGGACUGGUUGAAGUUGCAACAAGCUGAUGAUACUCUUCAUGAAGUAGCUGAUGCAGCAGAUGAUUUGGAAACUGGUGACACUUCUUGUGAAGCAGUUAAGGCUGUACGUUAUGAUUCUGAUGCUGUGGAAACUGAUGGUGAUGAUGAUAGUGACAAUGACUACGAAAGGAGAGAAGAGAGAGACAGUGCUGAUUUUGGAGGUGGCUGGGGCAGGAUUAUCUUCAUGCCUGUCAGAAGGGGUAGACAGGUGACAAUGAAUGUGUGCAGAUCCACCAAAAAGGAUGCUUCAGAGGGUUCAUAUGAUCGUAUUGUCGUCACAAAGAGCACGAACCCUACCUUGCAUCAUCAGGCCAAAAGAUCUAUCUGGGGUGACCUGUGGCCCUUUUGAAGCAAAAUAAUGUUUGAUGUUAAUUUAUUUUGUCAUUUCAUGUUCCUGACUCAUUUACCAAUUACCAAUAUGUAAGGGUUAUGCCUUUAAAUUUCACAGAAAACAAUAACAAGUUCACAUUAUAGAUGGAGUUUUGCAUGUAGCUUUUAGCACCAGAAGUCAAUUAAAGAGUGAAAGUCAUACCCACUUGUUUGACAAUUUUUUUUUUCUUUUUUACAUUUGAUUGAAUAUUAAAGAGGUCUAAACUGUGUGAAUUGUAUUAUGAUUUUCUUAAGUGAGUUUACGAGCAGUUUAGUAAUUUAUACAAUAA